AUGGACGGGGCCCGCGCCGCCUCCCGCCUGCGCGUCGUGCUGGGCCACCUCGGCUGCCCCUCGGCCGGGGCCGUCAUAGCUCACCCCACUGCAGGGGCUGUUUCUUCUGCCAGUUUCCAUCCUCAAUUCCAGUAUACUCUGGAUAAUAAUGUUCUAAGCCUAGAACAGAGAAAAUUUUAUGAAGAAAAUGGAUUUCUUGUCAUUAAAAAUUUGGUUUCUGAUGCUGAUAUCGAACGCUUUAGGAAUGAGUUUGAAAGACUCUGCAGACAAGAGGUAAAACCAGCUGGAUUGAUGUUGAUGAAAGAUGUGACCAUUGCGAAGACAGACCUUGCUCCAAGUGAAAGAGUGAUUACCAAGGCCCAAGACUUCCAAGAAGAUGAGGAACUCUUCAGAUACUGCACUCUCCCUGAGAUUCUGAAAUAUGUGGAGUGCUUCACUGGACCCAACAUCAUGGCCAUGCAUACCAUGCUGAUAAACAAACCUCCCGACUCUGGCAAGAAGACAUCCCGCCACCCCCUGCACCAGGACCUGCACUACUUCCCCUUCAGACCCAGCAAUAGCAUCGUCUGUGCUUGGACGGCCAUGGAGCACAUUGACCGGAACAACGGCUGCCUGGUGGUGCUCCCCGGGACACACAAAGGCACCCUGAAGCCGCACGAUUAUCCCCAGUGGGAGGGGGGAGUUAACAUCAUGUUCCACGGGAUCCAGGACUAUGAUGAAAACAAUGCCCGGGUUCACCUUGUGAUGGAGAAGGGAGACACCGUUUUCUUCCAUCCUUUGCUCAUCCAUGGAUCUGGUCAGAACAGAACUCAAGGAUUCCGGAAGGCAAUUUCCUGCCAUUUUGCCAGUGCCAACUGCCACUACAUCGAUGUGAAGGGCACCAGUCAAGAAAACAUUGAGAACGAAAUUGUGUCGUUAGCAGAAAAACUGUACGGAGUGAAAGAUGGUGUCUCCCUAAAGGAUGUUUGGAGAUUUCGAGGACGGCUUGUGAAAGGACAAAGAGUCAACCUUUGA